UGCGUGCAUACUGUCAGCAGCUCGGUCUCGGUCCUGCUUUCUUCGUCUCACUCAUCUGGUCUGAUAGUCUUGUGGUGUCAGUCCAGUUGGUAACAGGCUUUCGAAGUGAAUGGCGCGUUGAGAAGAACUGCAGUUUGUUCUCAGUAUUCUGUCUUUCCCUUCUGCAACCGCGACGUGAACGUGUCAGAUUGUUUUUGCACAAAUUCAGUGUUCUUGACAAAGAAGAAGAGAUCGUCAGACAAUCAUCAUUGUCAUUAUUUGCACAACGCUACGUUGUCGGUCGAUUGUUAUGGAGUCCGUCGACAGAAUUAUUUGACCUACGGGAACGACUCCAGGCUCGUUGGUGGGAUUGUGUUACUGUCUCGCGUAAGCGCUGCAAAUUGGCAUGCACUGCCUAGGUGCGAUGACAGGAGGCACCUCUAGUCCAAACGGGGCUGGGGGCCAAGGUGGUGUUCUUAGCAUGUUUCGAGCCCUUGGAGUCCUUGUAUGCGAGGGAAGGAUUCAAGGCCCUCCGCGUGGUUACAAAGAGGGCCCGCACUGCGCACCGCCUAUGCAGGCGGUUCCAAACGAUCACGUGUGCGAAGAGACCAGCUAUCUGUGCAAUCGAUAUCGAGUAUUAGUUCAGGAGAUCACGGAACACUUCGCUAUCGGAUCAUAUCUUUGUGUGGAAGUACUUUUGUGCAGCGAUUGUCCAUGCGGUUUAGCCAAAUCUAUUUGCAAACAUCCCGCAUAUUCUAUGCCGUCCUUAUCCAUCUCGCCAUGGCAGAAAUGUGCUUCGGAGAUGUUGCUAGAGUAUUGGUGCAUUUGCAUUGUACCGAGCAAGAAUCCAGAGCCGAUGAAUUUUCACGGAUUAUAUCAAGCAGUACGUUCGCGAUUGCAUUUCAGUCAAGUCGCAGCGUGGUGGUCACGCAGCAACGGCGCGGACCCAAGCUACAUAGCCACCCGGAUCGUACCGCACAACGAAGACAAUCUUACUAAGUUUUGUGAAACUCCAGUGGAGCACACUUUUCCUCAGGCUGGUAACGGCGAUGGAAAUUCCAUUAAGGUGACCGUGUGGGCUCUGCCACGGAUGGAGGAAGUACCUGUGCUUGCAUGUUCUCUGCAUCCAAAGACGGAAAAAGAUGAAGAAGAAAUUGCGAGGGCGUUAACGCCUACCAAGAGUAUUCCAAUAGGAUCCGUCGAUGUACAAAAUACUGAGAAUCUUGUUUUGCCUGCUUUGGUGGACGAUAGAUUACAGACUACUUGUAAUAAAUCUGGCAAGCACGAUUGUCGCUGUGAGGAAGAAGAUGCUUCACCUUUGUCGCCCACCAUCAGAACUAACGGUGAGCGGAAACGUCGUCGGUCGCUUCCUUGUGGACCAGCUGAUAAUCCUAUAACUUCGCAACCUGCGCCACUGCCGUCUCUUCAAGAAGGCAUUCCGCAGAAGCAUAAUAUUAAUUUGAACUUAACUAAAGGUUUGACCGAGAACAACGCGGCGUCGCGGACUAAUAAAAAUAGAUCAGAAAACAGAAAUGAAGUAAGGACUUGCAACAAUUUAAAUUCAGAUUCAGAUCACCUGGAACGAUGGUUCAAACUGCAACUGAGGAUUGACGAGCGCGAAAGCAACAUAGAAAAACGUUGCAAACGAACAUCUAUAGAAAUUCCAACAGAGAUUGCUCACUCGAAAAGUAACAUCAAUAGAAACGAGGAGAGCUAUAAUAAUAUCGUUAAAAAUUCGACCUAUAACGGAAAAGAAUCUGGCAGUUCGUCAACAAUGAUAUCUAUAACAAAAAGUGGUAGUCUAUUAGAUAAUUUUGCUCCCACCGGUUUUCGUUCCUUUGUCUCAUCUUGGCAAACUAGUAAUAUAAACAGUAAAUUUCAAAGUUUUCGUAGUAGAGAAGAAGAACAACAACAAAUGCAUUUUAAUGUUCCCGGGGAAAGUUAUAAGCCACUAAUCAUCAAAGAUGCAUCUAAUCAUGCUCCGAUCGACCCUUAUGCUCAGCCUAAUCCUUUUCACGAGUCAAAUCCCGGGCCUUCGACGCAAAAGUGGACACAGAAGUUUGACAAUUCCGCUUGUACUGUGCACCAGAGUUGCUCGAAAAAUGUUAACAAAGUUACCGCGGAGACGCAGAUAUCGACCGAUCAGGAAGUCAACAAUGAGGACAAUAUCGUCAAGAAUGGACAAAGAAAAGCUGGUAAGCCAGAUUUUAGUCAAUUGAUGUGGAAGCUAACAAUUCCUGAGGAGAAGGAUAAACGGGAAGAGGGAGGAUUGCUAGAUUGGUUCAGUAAAGUACCCGGAAGAGUGCUAGGUGUCGCGGCUACAAAAGGUUACGUCGAUAGCAAAAUGAAGAAUAGAUGUUUUAAUCAGCCAAUAGAACAUACGAACGGGCAAAACGGCACCAACGAAAUUAAAUUUAAAAACUGCAAUCUAGAGCUGAGUCAACGGGAAGUCGAUGAAGUAUUGGCGGUACUGCGAGCAAGAACACCAUCAGGACGUAGAAGACCGACUAUCAAGAAUGUAAGAAAACGCGGAGAGAGAUUCGAGAAAAGCGGUGACCAUAUAGUGGAGAAGGUUCUAGCAAAGUGUACGAUUUUGGAAGAAGAAAUAAUCCGUGAUAAUUCAACGAAUCGUCACGUUGAAACUUGCCAAGUUCAGACGCCAAAAUUCUGUGAGAAUUGUAAUCGCGGAUUGUGCAAAAAGAUAGAUCAUCAGGUGCCUGAGGAGCAGCCGAGUUUGGAUCGGAUCUAUUAUGACAAAAACGUUUAUCAGCCCGCGCAUUCGAAAUUUCCUGGAAACACUAACAGAUCGAACGAGAAAGCGGAAACACGCGCGAGCGAUGAUACAGAUUGCUUGCGGACUAAAGCGGACAUGUUACUUGGAGCUAUUCUGCGGACCAGCAGGGACCGAAAGGACCUGUCAGAUGAUUCAUCAAAUGGGACCAGAACGACUAGCAUUGAUGAGGAUAGCAGUGACGACGAUUUUCAUUCCUCGAACAUGGAGAAGUUCGAUCAACAGGACCACAAAAUAAUUUCCUCGUCUAACGACGAAGAGAAAUCUCUACCGCUAAAUAAAAAAUUCAGCAGGUUUCGGCAGCUAUUUAAAAAAGAAGUAGAUAAGAGGAUCGCUAUGAUUUCGGACGAAAAUUCUCUUUCCUCACUGGAAACAUCGCCGAACUUGACACCACCGCAACGCUUUAAUUCGUCAUUGUUUCGCUAUAACAACGAACUGCCGAAUCUACAUAACGCAAGGAUUAACAAGGCAAGACGGCAAAUCGAUUUUACAAAUUUAUCAGAAAUUACGGAGAAAAAAGAGGAUGGUACAUUAAUUCCGAAGCUCAGUACAAAAAACGCACAUCAAAAGUUAGUACGCAAAACGCAUAGUACAAAUUAUAACGAGCGUGAGUGCGAUUCCGCGGGCCUAAACAACCAGCAGAAUCAUUGCGACAGCAGACGGCUGCUUGAAGAUACAAAGGAAUCUUCUGAGAACGAGGAACGAGACGAGAAUGCAAAAAAAGAGAUGAUUUCUGUUCUUCAGAAGAACAAUUUAACUACAUCAACUACACCGCAAUGCGGACAUUCGUCUUCCAAGAUACGUAACAACAAUCACAAGGACGGUAUCGCAGAGACGGGAGACGACGAGACUGUCGACAAGAGCGUGCCUUCAGCCCUCGAGCAGGAGAAAUUCCGCAGAUCUCUAGAGAACGCGGCAUCGAUGGUGUUUCAUAGUAGAACUGGUCUGCCGUUGACGUCUAGUCCGGCGCCAUUAAGAAGAGGCAGCUGUUGUUUUGACUACGAUAGCAGCUUGAACUCGGUCUCUUCCAAAAGAAACGCGUUGUUCGAGUUGAAUACGCCGCCGAGUCCGGGCGCGGUCUCACUGGAGGAAACCGAUCGUGAGGCGGAAACCGCCGGCGAUAGCGAGGAGACGCUUAAAAGACGUUCCAGCUCCCGCCAUCGACCGCAGAGUCACGCUCUUCUAGGCAGCUUCGAAGAAUCGGCAUUAAACGGCAGGCUUGAACCGGUAUCCACGGUUCACGGUUUCACAGCAGAACUUGGGGCCAGCGGAUCUUUCUGUCCAAAACACCAGAAACUUCCAGUCACCGUGUUUUUCUACACGCUCGGUGACAAUGACAAAGUCUCCACGCCAUACCUUGCUCAUAUUAAUCUAGAGAAAAAAGGCUAUCAAGUACCAAGAAGUGGUACCAUUCAAGUGACUCUUCUUAAUCCACUGGGUACAGUUGUUAAAAUGUUUGUAGUAUUGUAUGAUCUUUCCGACAUGCCGCCGCGAUCUCACACUUUUUUACGUCAAAGAACAUUGCGGGACAAAACAUUGCGCUACCUCGUUCACCUUAGAUUUAUGUCUAGUAAGUCAGGUCGAAUUUAUCUUCAUACGGAUAUUCGUAUGAUUAUCUGCCGUAAAUCCGACGUGGACACGGCGUCGGACUUAGGUUCAGAGCCGCCAAAAGAACUCAGGAGCUACACUCACGGUCCUACAAAUCCGAAAUUUUCGCCGAGGUGCUGAGCCACGUGGUACUUUCCAUGGGGUUGUUGUCAAUCGUUCCGCCCGUCUAGUCCCCUUCAAAUCGAAGUGUAAUGAAUAUAAUAAGAGAUAUACUAAUUGCAAACCAAAUUGUAUUCUUUAACCCUUUGCGAUUGAUAUAAUAAUUACUUCUCGUGUUGACAAAAAUAAUAUAAUAGAAAGAUGUUCUUUAUUAUAAUUUACCAAGAGAAAUAGGAUAUGUACAGUACCCUCUAUAAAUUUGAGAACAUCCUGUCUUACAGGCAAACAAUCGCAUAACAGCGAUUUGCGCAUAUUUUUUGUUUGAAUACAUUGUAAGACGUCCAAAUGAUGAUAAACAUUUUUAUCUAGGACACUUAUGAGCUUGUAUAUGCCAAAAAUAUAUCAAUCAUUCCGUGGCAUCCUGUUUGCGUUGUAAAUACAGAGAAAUAGUACAUUGUUUGAAGUUGUUUAAUUAUAGUUUCUAUAAAAGUGGUAAACUAUUUGAGUCGCAGGCUGAUUUCAGACUCCGUAAAAAUUGUAAAAAAAUCUACUAGUAUUGAAAAUAAAUUAAUCGCAAAACAAGUAACAAUAGACAAACAAUAAACUAGCGCGCGAAAUUCACCUGAGUUCUUUGAUGCCACGAAAUAAUUGGCCGAUACAUUUUCAGCAUAUACAAGCUAAUAAGUGUCUUAGAUAAAAAUGUUUAUCAUUAUUUCAGACGCCUUACAAUGUAUCUAAACUAAAAACAUGCACAGAUUGCUGUCAUGCGAUUGUUUGGUUGUAAAAUGUAAAGUGUUUCCAAAUUUAUAGAGGAUACUGUAUAUACAUAUAAUAAUACUUGGUGUGUGUGUGUAUGUGUGUGCGCGCGCGUGUGUGUGUGUCAAGUAUUAUUUCGUUCAAAAUUAUCUCAGAUCGCAAAAGAUUAAGGAGGAGGGGCUGAAUAAAAAAGUAGAGCAAAAAACCUUGAAUGAUUAUAAACAGAUUAACUGCUCGUGUUGGAAUAUUGUGCGUAAUGUAUUCUUUUUCUGUUUUUUUUUUACAUCCAAGGUAUUUGCAUUACUCGACAAAAAAAUAAAUUUUUCUAUUUUUUGCAUUUCGGCAAUUAAGUUCCAACACGAAUGGUUUUAUUUGAAACAUUCGAAAUUGCGAUUAUACUCCCGAUAUAUAAUUUUGCUGUGUAUGGUUUGCACUUGCAAUAUAGAAUGCAGCAUAUGCCUAUAUAGACAUAACAUGGGUUAUAACUGGACGUUAUAACUCCAUGUGAUGUCCAAUGAUCAUUUAAUAGAGGUUUAUAUAAAAUAUAUGUUUUGUGUGAGAUGUAUACAUUAUUAAAACUACACUAUUAGUUUGCAUAGUUUCAAUUUAUACAUUUAGUUUCAAUUGCUACAUUUUUGUUUUAUAUCAUAAUGAUAGUAAUAUUUUAUAGUUGGAAAGGUUUAUUGCAUUAAAACUUUACGAUUAGUCUUUGUGUUUUGUAAUCCAAUAUAUAAUAAUGGUAAUGAAAAUUGGUUAACUCACAAGUAAGAAUUUACUUCAGUCUUUAUCUUGUACGUCUAUUGUAAUCACUACUAUAAUGCAUGCUGCUAACCAUAUUUGAUACGGAGUUAUCGCAAGUGGACGAUCUCGCGUUGUGGGAGGCCAUUUUCUCAAUUUAUUACUGUAAAUAUAGUCAUAGUGUAGAAAGUAAGUUGACUAAGAAUUUUUUUAAGCAGGAUAAUACUGCCAUUGUGUGUGUAGUACUUUACGUUAAAACAAAGAAAAGUGAUAUAUAUAUAUGGAAAAACGCGUUGAUGAAUUCAGUCUUUUGCUUGAAUUAGACAUGAAUAUAUCAGAUAGAUUACAAUACACAUAAACAAAUAGCACGUGCAAUGACAAGUACAAAAAGUUCUUUGUGUGUGUUCAUGUUCUCGUAAUGGAUAAAUUUUUGAUGAGACGUAGCAGAGAAUCCGUAGAAGAAAGGUCAAAAGUUUUUUUUCCAGAGAACAAAUGUGAUUAUUGCGAUUUACAUUAGUGUAAUUCAUUCUUUCUCUUUUAAAAUUCUAUUAACGUGAACGACUAGAGCUUGUGACAGUUUUUUCCAGAAGCAAAAAAAUUAUUACACACGUGUAUGUAUAUAUUAUAUAAAAUCAGAACACACUUUUGUGUCCGUAGCACUGUGAUGAAUAUUUUGAUAGACUAUGAAAAAGAGUAAUUAUACUUAUUAUUAUAGAAUAACUUUCUGAGUAGUGAACAUGUUGUAGAUGUAAUUAAUUUUACUAAUACGUAAAAAAAAGUACGAAAAAAGUAUAAACGUACAUAAUAAUAAAUUAAAUAAAAUAAUAAUAAUAAUAUUUAGCCGCAAAGUUGAUACACCCGUUUUAGAGCAAAAUCGUUCAAAGCAAACAAAACGUAACGCUCACGUUUUCCUUUAUUUUUCUAAUGCCUUUCACUCUAAAAAAUAGCGCUCUUCUAUUUAUGACUUACCUCACAUACAAAGAGCUUGUUCAAAAACUAAUUUACGACUCUUACCUUUUUACAUACAAAGACACUAAAAUGUGCAACAGUAAUAUCGAUUCAACAUGGAAUAAACAUGCAAAAUACAUUUUCCAGAAGGCUCUUUAUUAGGGCUAGAAAUAACAGUCGUAACUAGGAUGUACAAAAAAGGAAAAAAAAGAUACUGUAUAUAUAAAAAAGAAUUAUUUUCACUCGU